GAAGGAAGCAGUAAGGAUUAAAGGGGUCAUGUAGAGUGUGCGAGUAUUUAAAAAAAGAAAGAAAGAAAAAGAAAUUGACCUGAAAGCAAUUUUCUCUUUCGCUCGCUCGCUCGCAUCUAAAACCAUUACUAUUCUAUAAAUACCCAAUUUUUGGAUCUAAUUUCCUGGUGCGCUCUCACUCUCUCUGAACAUUCCUCAACCGAGGAUCUGAUCCCGGAUCCAAUUAGAAAGCAGUUAAGAAAUGGAGAAAUCUUGUACUCUACUCAUUCACUUUGACAAAGGAACACCAGCAAUUGCAAACGAGAUUAAGGAAGCUCUUGAAGGCAAUGAUGAUGAAGCGAAAGUUGAAGCAAUGAAGAAAGCAAUAAUGCUUUUGUUGAAUGGUGAAACCCUACCUCAACUUUUCAUCACCAUUGUCAGAUAUGUAUUGCCAUCUGAGGACCACAUCGUCCAAAAACUAUUGCUUCUCUAUUUAGAGAUCAUUGAAAAAACUGACUCCAAGGGUAGGGUCUUACCUGAAAUGAUAUUGAUAUGCCAAAACUUGAGGAACAAUCUUCAGCAUCCUAAUGAAUAUAUUCGUGGUGUAACUUUGAGGUUUCUUUGCCGCUUGAAUGAGACAGAGAUAAUUGAGCCAUUGAUCCCUUCUGUUUUGCAAAAUUUGGAGCAUCGCCACCCAUUUAUUAGGAGAAAUGCUAUAUUAGCUGUGAUGUCGAUUUACAAGCUUCCACAGGGUGAUCAGCUUUUGGUUGAUGCACCUGAGAUGAUUGAGAAGGUUCUUUCAACAGAGCAGGAUCAAUCUGCAAAGCGUAAUGCAUUCCUCAUGCUUUUUACUUGUGCCCAGGAUCGUGCAGUUAAUUACCUUUUGACCCACGUUGACAAAGUUUCAGAAUGGGGUGAAUUGUUUCAGAUGGUUGUAUUGGAUUUGAUCCGAAAAGUGUGCAGAACAAAUAGAGGAGAGAAGGGGAAGUACAUUAAGAUCAUUAUAUCAUUGUUGAAUGCACCUUCAACUGCUGUAGUUUAUGAAUGUGCUGGAACACUUGUUUCUUUGUCAUCUGCUCCUACUGCUAUUAGAGCUGCCGCUAACAAAUAUUGCCUGCUUCUUCUUUCACAAAGUGAUAACAAUAUAAAACUUAUUGUGCUUGAUCAGCUCAAUGAGCUAAAAUCAUCUCAUAGAGAUAUUAUGGUUGAUAUGAUAAUGGAUGUGCUUAGGGCGCUUUCUAGUCCAAAUCUUGAUAUUCGAAGGAAGACACUUGACAUUGUUCUUGAUUUGAUUACUCACAGGAACAUUAAUGAGGUUGUUCUUACUUUGAAAAAGGAAGUUGUUAAGACUCAGAGUGGAGAACUUGAGAAGAAUGGUGAAUACAGGCAGAUGCUUAUUCAAGCAAUUCAUUCUUGUGCUGUAAAGUUCCCUGAAGUUGCAAGCACGGUUGUUCAUAUGCUGAUGGACUUCUUGGGAGACAGCAAUGUGGCUUCGGCUAUAGAUGUUGUUGUUUUUGUUCGAGAGAUAAUCGAAACAAAUCCUAAACUAAGGGUUUCUAUAAUUACAAGGCUAUUGGACACUUUCUACCAAAUUCGAGCAUCACGGGUGUGUUGUUGUGCUCUUUGGAUAAUUGGAGAAUAUUGCCUUUCACUUUCUGAAGUUGAGAGUGGGAUUGCAACUAUUAAACAGUGUCUUGGAGAAUUGCCAUUUUACACGGUUUCAGAAGAAGGGGAAGCCAAUGACUCUUCGAAGAAAGUUCAGCAAGUGAACUCCGUAGCUGCUGCUUCUUCUAGAAGACCAGCUAUUCUUUCUGAUGGAACUUAUGCCACACAAAGUGCUGCCUCUGAGACUGCUUUUUCGCCUCCUACCAUUGUUCAAGGAUCCUUAGCAUCAGGGAACUUGAGAUCCCUGCUUCUAACCGGUGACUUCUUCCUUGGAGCAGUUGUGGUCUGCACUCUGACCAAGCUUGUUCUGAGACUGGAAGAGGUCCAGCCAUCUAAAGUUGAAGUGAAUAAAGCGUCUACUCAAGCAUUGUUGAUCAUGGUUUCUAUGCUGCAAUUAGGACAAUCUCCAGUUCUUCCGCACCCAAUAGACAGUGAUUCUUAUGAUAGGAUAAUUCUUUGUAUAAGGUUGCUGUGCAAUACCGGGGAUGAAAUCAGGAAAAUAUGGCUGGAGUCUUGUCGUCAAAGUUUUGUUAAAAUGCUUUCAGAAAAACAGUUGAGGGAAACAGAGGAAAUAAAAGCAAAGGCUCAGAUUUCCCAUGCACAACCAGAUGAUCUCAUUGACUUUUACCAUUUAAAAAGCAGGAAGGGUAUGAGCCAACUGGAACUGGAAGAUGAGGUCCAAGAUGAUUUGAAACGUGCAACUGGAGAGUUCACCAAAGAUGCAGAUGAUGCAAACAAGCUUAACCGCAUUCUCCAACUUACAGGUCUUAGUGACCCAGUGUAUGCUGAAGCGUAUGUGACAGUACAUCACUAUGAUAUUGUUCUUGAUGUCACUGUCAUCAAUCGCACAAAGGAGACACUCCAGAAUUUGUGCUUGGAGUUGGCAACCAUGGGUGAUCUUAAACUUGUUGAGCGUCCACAGAAUUACACACUUUCUCCAGAAUCUAGUAAGCAAAUAAAAGCCAAUAUCAAAGUGUCCUCAACUGAGACUGGAGUGAUAUUUGGAAACAUUGUUUAUGAAACUUCAAAUGUGCAUGAGCGAACAGUUGUUGUUCUCAAUGAUAUUCAUAUUGAUAUCAUGGAUUACAUCUCUCCGGCGGUCUGUAGUGAUACAGCUUUUAGAACUAUGUGGGCAGAAUUUGAGUGGGAAAACAAGGUUGCUGUCAAUACUAUAAUUCAAAACGAGAAGGAAUUUCUUGACCAUAUUAUCAAAUCGACCAAUAUGAAGUGCCUCACUGCACCGUCAGCACUGGACGGUGAUUGUGGGUUCUUGGCAGCUAACUUGUAUGCAAAAAGUGUGUUUGGGGAGGAUGCCUUGGUGAAUGUAAGCAUUGAGAAACAAGCAGAUGGAAAGCUGACUGGGUACAUCCGGAUACGGAGCAAGACCCAGGGUAUAGCCCUCAGUUUGGGGGAUAAGAUUACUCUCAAGCAGAAGGGAGGCAGUUAACUUAUAAUGGCUUGUGUCUUUUGGUACCCUUUUCCUAAAAAAUGAUAGGAAGGAAGAAGAAUCAUUUUUCUGUUAAUUGCAGCGCCAUCUUUUCACCUUUAACGGUGCGCCUCUAUGUUGAUCUCUCUGUUCAAGAGUACAGACUUUUUUCCUUUAUCUCUGGUGGUACGUUUGGGACUACCAUUCGUGCAGGUGCAAAUCUUCAACUUGAAGGAUUUUUUGUUUUUGUUUUUUUAAUUGUCUAUUUGUUGGCAACUAGGGUUUCAUUUAGAUUUGUUAAAAGAAAUUGCUGCAACCACCCUGGAAUUGAUUUUAGACUUCCUUAGAUUGAGAAUUUUUUAUUUUUGGGGGUCAGACAAUUCUUUUAUAGAACUGAAAUUGGAAAAUUCCAUUAAAUUUAAUUGUAUGUAAAAUUUUAGCAUUUAUAUUGGCUUCUUAGUUGUAAAGGGCCAUUACACUAUCUCAUAAAUGAAACUAGUUUUCAACC